UGUUCCGGUGACGGACGCACUUGCGCGGUGACGGAAGGCACAAUUCGCGGCACUGUGCUGAAGUGAAGAGAGAGCUGUGCUGUUCUAACGUCCCGUCCGUUAGUGUCCAGUUCGGCAGACUUUUUUUUCAUUUGACAAACUACAAGUUUUAAUACUUCCGUGUUCAAAAUGGCUGACCAAGCGCAGACAAACAGCGAUGGAGAGGAGAGAAGCGCACCCAGAGGGUUUGCUCGACAAGGUGCUCUGAGACAGAAGAAUGUGCACGAAGUAAAGGACCAUAAGUUUAUUGCCCGUUUCUUCAAGCAGCCGACCUUCUGCAGCCACUGCACGGACUUCAUCUGGGGCUUCGGGAAACAGGGAUUCCAGUGUCAAGUGUGUUGCUUCGUGGUGCACAAGCGCUGCCAUGAGUUCGUCACCUUCUCCUGCCCCGGCGCCGACAAGGGCCCUGCGUCAGACGACCCACGCAGCAAGCACAAGUUCAAGGUGCACACAUACUCCAGUCCCACCUUCUGCGACCACUGUGGCUCCCUCCUCUAUGGCCUCCUCCAUCAGGGCAUGAGAUGUGAACACUGCUUCAUGAACAUCCAUAAGCGAUGUGUGCAGAACGUUCCGAGCCUGUGUGGGACAGACCACACCGAGCGGAGGGGCCGCAUUCAAAUCAAGGCCGAGAUCAAGAACAACGUGCUCACCGUCAGCAUCCUGGAGGCGAAGAACCUGGUGCCCAUGGAUCCCAACGGCCUGUCGGACCCCUACGUCAAGCUCAAGCUCAUCCCCGACCCCAAGAGCGAGUCCAAACAGAAGACCAAGACCAUCAAGUGCUGCCUCAACCCCACCUUCAACGAGACCUUCACCUUCAAUCUGAAGGAGUCGGACAAGGACCGGCGCCUGUCUGUGGAGGCGUGGGACUGGGACCUGACCAGCCGCAACGACUUCAUGGGCUCCCUCUCCUUCGGCAUCUCUGAGCUGCAGAAACAAGGCGUGGAUGGCUGGUUUAAGAUGCUCAGUCAGGAGGAAGGCGAGUACUUUAACGUGCCGGUCCCCCCAGAGGGAGAAGAGGGCAACGAGGAGCUCCGGCAGAAGUUUGAGAGGGCCAAAGUGGGACCAGGAACCAAGAAGGAAACCAACCCUAACGCCAUCUCCAAAUUCGACAGCAAUGGCAACCGCGACCGCAUGAAGCUCUCGGAUUUCAACUUCCUCAUGGUGCUCGGCAAAGGCAGCUUUGGGAAGGUGAUGCUGGCGGAGCGUAAGGGCACAGAGGAGCUGUACGCCAUUAAGAUCCUGAAGAAGGACGUGGUGAUCCAGGACGAUGACGUGGAGUGCACCAUGGUGGAGAAGAGGGUGCUGGCUCUGGCAGGGAAGCCCCCCUUCCUCACCGCACUCCACUCCUGCUUCCAGACUAUGGACCGUCUCUACUUCGUCAUGGAGUACAUCAACGGAGGCGAUCUGAUGUACCAGAUCCAGCAGGUCGGCAAGUUCAAGGAGCCCCACGCCGUCUUCUAUGCCGCUGAGAUUGCCAUCGGCCUCUUCUUCCUGCACUUGAAGGGCAUCAUUUACAGGGAUCUAAAGCUGGACAAUGUGAUGCUGGACUGUGAAGGCCACAUCAAGAUCGCUGACUUUGGGAUGUGCAAAGAGAACAUGUUGGAUGGGGUGACCACCAAAACCUUCUGCGGGACUCCAGACUAUAUCGCCCCAGAGAUCAUCGCCUACCAGCCUUACGGGAAGUCGGUGGACUGGUGGGCGUUUGGCGUGCUGCUGUACGAGAUGCUGGCUGGGCAGCCUCCGUUUGACGGCGAGGACGAGGACGAGCUCUUCCAGUCCAUCAUGGAGCAACACGUGUCCUACCCCAAGUCCAUGUCCAAGGAGGCGGUGGCCAUCUGCAAAGGGCUGAUGACCAAACACCCGGGCAAGCGGCUGGGCUGCGGUCCCGAGGGAGAGAGGGACAUCCGGGAGCAUGCCUUCUUCCGCUACAUGGACUGGGAGAAGCUGGAGAACAAGGAGGUCCAGCCGCCAUUCAAACCCAAAUCUUGCGGCCGGGACGCGGAGAACUUUGACCGCUUUUUCACCCGUCACCCUCCGGUCCUCACCCCGCCUGACGAGGAGGUCAUCAUGAACCUCGACCAGGACGAGUUUGAGGGCUUUUCCUUCAUAAACCCCGAGUUUCCCAUUGGCGAGGUCGAGAGCUAAGGGCCAGCCACACCUUCCUCCUCAUCCUCCUCCUCAUCAUCUUCACCACCUCCGCUGCCACCAAACAUCACCCCAAACCAACCACCGAACCACCCACUCCACCCCCCCACCAUCUCCACACCGUGCAUCCCUUCAACACAAAACAGCACCUCCAUCUAUUUAUAUACUUGCGACUAGCACCAUUGAAGUAUAUAAAUUGCCAUCGACUGCUUCACCUUCAUUCAUGGGGGGGAAAAAAUGAGCUAUACCCUCCAUGAUGAUGUAGUCAAAUGUACUAUUUGUGUAUGCCUGUUAUUAUCCUAGAGCUUGAUACCAGAGUAUCAACAUACCAUGUCUUCAUAAUUGAAUUGAUUAGGCACAAAUUGCUUGCACCACUCACUGCAUAAAUUAUGCCUAUAGCAGGCAAAGCUCAUCCCAUGACCUCCCUUACUAGGUGACCAGAUAGCCAUGUGGACAGGUCUUUUUGGUCCAGUGCUACAGCCGAUCCAUGUUCAUCUUUUGAUGAUUAUCUCAAUAGAGCCACUCUAUAAUCACUCUAACUACUAUCUCGAUACGCUACCACACACUGGUAUCUAGACUAUUUGUACAGUGUUGUGUUUUUGUUUUGUUUUUGUUUUUUUUUCCACGUGAUUUUUUUUUUAACCCUUCCUGUGUUAGGUGCAGAUAUAGAACAUAGUCUGUAGAAAUUCAGUCUCUAUUUUACUAUUUUUGUUUUGCAUGAUUUCCCCCAUUUUGAAUAAUCAAAUCGCUUCUAUAGGUUUAGGUGCUGUAGUUACUGCAAGCUGAAAGGGUAUUCCUGUUUCUCGUCAUAUCCUGAGUACGUGGCAGAUGAUAAGAAAUGAGUAAUUAGCUGUUUAUUUCUUCCUUUUUAAAAAAAAAAAAAUAAGCAUGUGUAAGGUGAUGUUUACAGGAUGCAUCUAUCCAGCUGUGUGUGUAUGUGUGAGUGUGGAUGCGUGUGGCAGUGUGUCUAGUGUGUGUGUGUGUGUGUGUGUGUGUGUGUGUGUGUGUGCGUGCGCGUGUACACAUGCGUGUGUGAAUGUGUGUUUAUGCUGUCUCGCAGUGCUUGCGUGGGUGUGUGCCUCUUAUGGUGUGGUGAUCUGCUUUCUUUGCUUCUGCGUAGCGACACCAUCAGCCAAUACCCUCCCCCCACCCACACCCCCCCGACCUCCCCUCACCUAACCACAGCCUUUCAUCUGACCCCCCCC